UCUCUCCAUCCCUGUCCACCUCACACCACCGAUCUGCGGAUCAAAUUGCGACGAUGGCUUCAUUUAAGAUCAUCAUUUUGCUGUGCCUGCUGGCUCUGGCCUUAGUAGCUCCGGCCGUGGCCAAUCCUGGUGGAUACGACAACGACGACGAUGGACACGGGCAUCACGGAGGACAUGGGCAUCACGGUGGACACGGGCACCACGGUGAACACGGGCACCACGGAGGACACGGGCACCACGGUGGACACGGGGGAUUUAGUGGAAAAGGAGGACAUGGUGGAUUUGGUGGACAUAGUGGACACGGAGGGCAUGGGAAAGGCCACGGCGGGUUCAGCAAUGUCCAUGGACAUGGAGGUCAUGACAAAGGCGGUUUCGGAAAAGGACAUGGCGACCACGGCUACUGAAAACCAGAUUAAGAAGGAUCGAGUUUCGUCUCAUACUCCAGCUGAACGCGUCACUACCAAGGAUUCUCUGAGGAAAUUUCAACCGUUGUUGAAUUGCCUCAAGAAAUAAUGUAUCUCCUAGUGAUAUAAAAGAAUAUAAUAAUAAAUUAUUUACAUUAAA